AUAAUAAUAUUAUAUUUAUACACAAUACACAAAUCGCGGUCCACCUCCACAGCGCUCUAAAUAUUAUUUUUGCACACGCGACGACCAUGCAGCAGCUACCUUCGAACCUUUUCGUGAAAUGUAAUCUACGAUUUAUGUUAAUGAAACUUGUGACCCCAGCCGACCAGGUUUUAGCCAACCGCUAAGUGAUCGCUGUUUUAAUUUUUCAAAUUUAACGUAACUACAACUUCAAGUGCUACCCUCAAUACGAUAAUCGUUGUUAUCGUCGUUUGUACACCGACAAUAUUAUGAUGUCCGCUGUCUUCUGUUCACCAUUUGUCUUGUCAAUAAAUUGUCUUGGCCAGAUGUAUAAAUCAUGGACAGCCUUGAGAGGCAGAUUCAGUCAUAGAUCACUGUAUUGUUUUUUACAUACACUGCAUCACAAAAUGUAUUUAACAGUAUCAUCACAACAAUUUGAUUUUAAUGUUUGUGAGAAAAACAUAUGUUCAUAACAUUGCAGAGAACCACAUUUUAAGCGGCUUUGGAGGUGUGGAUUGAUUAUAGACGAUUAUUUAGUAUAGUCAAGAUAAAAACCAAUGAUUGUAAAUUCCACCUUGAAUUUUGAGUAGUUAUUAUUGAUUAAAAUCCUCGAUGACUACCAAGUUGAUCAACAACAUGAAUUUAAAUUGCGCUGUGAAACUGCUGCGUUAUGAUGACCUGCCAACAUCAAACAAUGAAGAUGUUUUGGUGGCUGAUAAUCAAGCUAAUGCUGAAGUAAAAAGAUCUGGUAGGAUAAGUAGAAAACGUACUAAACCUAAUAUAGAAAAUGUAAAAAAAAAAAACUGCAUGAUCAAAAAACCCAAGUUGAGUAAACUUGAACCCGGAAAAACUGAUACUCUUCAACAAGAAACUAAGAACACCAAUAUCCAAGAUUCUUCUAUAAAGUCUACAGAGAGCUAUUUAAUUAAUGACGAUCUUAGUGAAACAUCUGGUUCUACAGUUUGUACGGUUAAUUCUAUAGAUAAUAAAGCAAAAACAUCUACACGGUGGUCAACAAAACCGAAACCUGUUAAGUUUAAAAUAUCCAAAUCCAUUAUCGCAGUUAGAAAAAAACCAUUAAUACCUGAUGUAAACAAAGACAAACCAUUUAAUGAUAUUGUAAAAGCUGAUACCUUUGUUGCACCAUUAAAAUCUUCUAAGACUAAGACACCUAAAGAUAAUACUUCAAAUAGAAAAAAGCCUGUGUUGAGUAAUGUUAGCAAAAAUAAUACAUCUUCUGAACUUGAAGAAAGUAACAGUAUUAUGUCAAUAAAAACUCCUAAAAAUAAAUCACCAAAAUCUACCACUCCUAAAAAAAAAUCCAUGAACAAUGUUAUAAUCAAUGCUGAAACACAACAUGAACUUGAAAUGAAUGAUAACUUUGCUGUACCAGAAGCUCCUAAGAGUAAAACACCCAAAUCUAUUGUUUCCAAUAAAAAAAAGCCUUUGCUGAAUAGUACGAAAAGAAUUGGCAUAACUUUUGAUCAUGAAACAAGCAAUAAAAUUGAAAUUCCUAGAAAACGUAGUCGUGCUUCAUUAAAAAAAGAAAAAUGUCAAAAGCCUGAUUAUGAUAGUAUGUUUAAUAAUGAAGAUAGUUUAAAUCAAACUCAAGAUUUGGGCCUAAUUUCUAGGGCACUGUGUAGUAACGAGGGCUUAAAGUUAUCUCAAAAUUCUGUUGAUAGUACAAUGAUGCUUAGAAGUAAUAAUAAACCGCCAAAAAUUAAAAAGAAAUGGAGUGAAGAGUGGAGUGGGGACAAAUUGUCAACAAAUAUAUUAAAAGCCAAUAAUGAAGAGUUUUCUAGUGAAUUGACUCUAGAUGUCAACAGUAAAAAGAAAAUUUCAAAAACUCAAAAAUCUAAAACUCCUAACUGUAAAAAAGUUAAAACUAAGUUGUUAGAAGAAUUUGACCCAAAAAGUACAUUUUAUUACUAUACCCCAAUUCCGGCUUAUGAUGAUAUGAAUAAGUCGUCAAUAAAUGUUCCUGUGGUGCAUACAAAUGAUAAUAUAACAUUUUCAUACCAUAUUCCUCUUCAAGAAUCAAUACCAGCUGUCUGCAAUGAUGCUGUGCCUGAAUCUGUUGGUGCUGUUGGGGUUAGCAAUACACAAUUUAGUGAAAGCUCAUCUAAUGUCUCUAUAACACUUACAACAGGUACUGAGAAUACAUUUUCCAAUAAUAGUAAUCAACAAUCACAUUUAAGUACACUAGAAUCAAUAUCUGAUCCUGACUAUUUAUCAGUUCCAAUGAUAAGCACUGAAAAUCCUGAAAUGAGUUAUGGCAUGGCUAUACUAUCUGAAGCUAUCAGCCGACAAUGUAGAGAAUUAGAUAACGAAAAAAUUAAAAAAAAGUCACCAGAACCACCGGAUAUUAUCGAGAAACAGCCUUCCCCCAUGAAAGAAAUCAGUACAUCACAAUCACAAAUGCCUAGUGGUGAGGCAUUGCCUCAACGAGUUAUUAAGGACUUCAAAAAUAAAAUAGCUAAGCGGACUUCGAAAAAAUUUGCCUCAAAGUCUGUUAAAAAUGAAUUAGAAUCGCGUAUAGAACAUGAAAUUAAUAUCCUUUCUAAACGUUUUGACAUCCCUACUAACUAUCUCAUGAAAACAGUUGUAGAAGAGCCCCUUUCUGUAUUCCACACAACAUACUCCAAAUCAGUGACACCAUCCAUGGUAGAAAUAUCACCCAUAGAUGUUAAAGCCCAUUCAGGACUAAAUGUAAAUUACGUAAGUGGAAAUAUAGAUGUAAAGUACAAGUUAGAACCUAUCAGAGAGGGUGCGGCCUAUGAAAAAAAAAACUUAAAAGACUUGAUGCUAGAACUUUCAAAAACAAUGCCAUCAUGGAGUUUAAGCAUUGUCACCAAUCCACCAAGAUAUGUAAUUUCACACAUGUCAAUUGACAAGUACGGUGUCCCCACUGCAAACAAGUGCAUUGUUCUGGAUAGAACAUUCAGAGCUUCGGUUUACAUCAAUCAAUCUUUAGAACACACACUUUGUAAACGUUACACAACGGCAACCGAAAUUGUCAAUCUUAUUAAAGAGUUAAAUUCUAUAUGAUGAAUAUUUAUGUUAUACAUAUUGGUUUAUGUAUAUUUUUCUUAUGAUAAAUGAUAAAUUAUUUUUAUUUUGUUUAUGUUUCCAAUUGAGUUCAAACCACCAAAUGUAUAUGUAUAUAAAUUAUUAACAUUUGUAAAGGAACACAUGAUUAAUAUGUUAUUUUGUCGUACUGUAUGUACUCAUUGAUCAUUAUUUAAAUUGGCAAACAAUUUUCAAACGGAAGUUUAUUUCUUUUUAAUCAAUUAGAAUUAUAAGAAAUAAUUAUAUUUUUGUUUUUACUUUUCAUCAAGAGUGUUGAUUGAGCUGAUUUGUUAUUUUUAUUAGUAAUACUGUAAUGCUAUAAUUGUAUAGUUU